AUGACAUUUUUCCCUCUACUUACGAAACUUUUCCAUCAUUCUCUGUUAGAAUAAAAAGGGGAUUAAUAAACGGCUUAGGUUCAAUUUUCAAAGCAAUCACAGGAAACCUGGAUGCUUCAGAUGGUGAAAAAUUCGAGUCUCUAAUAAGCGAUUUGCAGAAUAAUCAAAACAAGUUAUCAGAAGCUAUCAAUAGUCAGAGUACCUUAUCUGUCGAACUUAUCGAUAAUUCCAAUAAAACUUUAUUUAUUUA